AUGGCUGCACUUACCUUUUUACAAGAACACACAGAGACUCAUCAAAAACAGCCUUCCAGAGGCAAGCGAAAGCUACAAAAGCAAAAGGAAAAGCAACCAUCUUCAUGGGACCAAAUCAAGAACCUACUGACCUGCAAACAGAUCGAAGGGUCAAGAGUACACGACCCAUCAAAGAACCCCAUUGGAUACUCAAAACUUGGCUCUUCCUGCGGCUCAAUAUGUAGUUUCAAAGACGUUGUUCAUGGCAACACAAGGGUUGUCCAUAGAGCUGAUAACUCACCGGAAAGUAGCACAGUCGGUCAAGAAACUGGGCUAUUGAGUCGAAAAGCUGUUGGUACUGGGUCAGUGGCGGGAUCAGGGAGAUCCAACGGUGGUGUAACGUACACGUCAUCUUCUAGAGGCAUGCAAUUUAGGAAGCUUUCAGGUUGUUAUGAAUGUCACAUGAUCGUCGACCCUAGCAGGUAUCCAUCUGCAAGAACCACAAUCAGCGCUUGCAGUCAGUGUGGAGAAGUCUUUCCUAAGAUUGAAAGCUUGGAGCUUCAUCAAAAAGUUCGCCAUGCCGUGUCGGAGCUGGGCCCAGAAGAUUCAGGCCGAAAUAUCGUGGAGAUCAUCUUCAAGUCAAGCUGGCUCAAGAAAGACAAUUCAAUCUGCAAGAUCGAACGGAUAUUAAAAGUACACAACACACAAAGAACAAUCCAACGGUUCGAGGAUUGCAGGGACACAGUGAAGACACGUGCACUUAGUAGCACUAGAAAAAACCCCAGAUGUGCAGCUGACGGCAACGAGCUGUUAAGAUUUCACUGUACGACGUUAACUUGCUCCCUCGGCUCACGCGGCUCCUCCAACUUGUGCGGCUUAAUCCCCGGCUGUGGCGUAUGCACCAUCAUAAGGCACGGGUUUCAAGGCAAAGAGUGCAAAGGUGUAUGCACCACGGCUAGUAGCGGUAGGGCCCAUGACUCAUUGUUGGGCUGUACGGACGGGCGCAGGGCCAUGCUGGUGUGUCGCGUGAUUGCUGGGAGAGUGAAGCCCGUGACGGAGGAUGCGCCGCCGCCUGAAGAGGAUGGUGCGUCGUCAGCUGCUGCUGGCUCAUAUGAUUCUGUAACCGGGUAUGCUGGGGUUUACUCGAAUCUCGAGGAAUUAUCUGUGUUUAAUCCAAGGGCUAUAUUGCCUUGUUUUGUUGUCAUCUACAAGGCUCUCCAGUCUUAG